GCCAUUUCUUGGUGAAACAGCAAAGACAAGCUUGUUAUAGAGGUUCAAGAACCGGACACCCCACAGCAAGGAGGUGGCGAGGUGGGGGGGCAGAGCACGGGGCUUGCCUGCCAGAAGUCUGGGUUUGAGCCCUGGCAGCCAUACAACAGAACAUCAUAAGCAUGCCGAGGGGCUCAGGGGCCAAGAAGCCGGUGCAGAUGGGGGGCCCCAAGGACCCAGGAGCAAAGGGCCGCCCUGAAGAUGCCGGCCACUCCCGGGAGGACAGGCGGGCUGAGGACUUGUUGCGGCUGCAGGAGCAGCUGGCGGGGCUGCAGGAGGCGUUGCGGCGGCAGGAGGCCCGCUGGGAGGCCAAGCACCACAGACUCCAGCGCCAGAUGGAGAAGCUGAUGCGGCAGAGCCUGCAGCCUGGACCCGGGGCCGGGAGCAGCCGCUCGGGUGGGGAGCCGCCUCACACCUCGGUGCCGGGGGCUGCAGGGGGGGCUGCCUCCCCUCCCACAGAUGAUGCAGCAGUGCCGUCCGCGCGCGCUGACCACUGGGCCGCCGUCCAGGGACCAGGCCUGGCAUCUAAGGACAGAACUCAGGGUGGCCCCGCGAGCUCAGGCUGCCCGACGGGACGGCCCGGCGCUUCCUCGACGACCGCGAGGAGACCGUGUUUCCCGACGGGACCACCCUGCGCGUGCACAGGAACGGCGACAGCACCAUCGUGUUCAGCGACGGGCAGAGGGAGGUGCACACAGCGCAGUUCCAGCGGCGCGAGCACACUGACGGCACGGUGCGCACCGUGUACCGCGACGGCCGCCAGGAGACCAAGUUCCCGAGCGGGCGCGUGACGCGCAGGGAGCCCGCAGGCCUCUGGCUGCAGGAUGCGCCUCCUGACACCGGCUAGG